GACCGCUACACUCCGCCGCUGUUGUCAUCGUGUAUUACGUUUACUUCGAUUAUUUUAUUUUUUCCUUACUGUAUAUACAUUUAUUUUCUUUUAGUGUUUAUACGUCUAUUUACGUGUUAUAAUUUUGUUUAAUAAAGUCUACCGCCAUUAAAAUAAUUGUGUGUUGUAAGAUAUAACCCACACUCGUAUAUACUUUUAGCCUAUAAGAUCUGGAAACGAAAAACCUUUUAAUGUUUUAGCAAAACGGAAUAAAAGGGGACAAACAAAUUUCAUAGUACCGAAACUUGUAGCUGAGUCAGAUCGGUGUAAAAUAAGUUCACAAGACGUAAUUUAUAUUAUUCAAGCAACAGUAGAAGCUUUAUGCCAUGAAGUUGAUUUUUUUAUUAUAAAUAAGUCUUCAGUACAUAGAUGUAGUGAUGCUAUGCGAAUUGAACAGGCUAUUUUAAUAGACUAUAGGUGCUUUGUGCCAUAUUUUUCGUAUAUUGAGCGCGAGACGCUUAUUUUCUCAAUAAUACUGCUUCCAGGCGUACGAUGUGGAUUGAGAACUUUAUCCCUAACUCACUGAUAAAAACGUUGUCCUUAAAGAUAUUCAGACAUGUCAGGAUCACUUUGAAGAUAAAAUAUUAAGUUGAAUAACGUAAAUUAAUUUUUUUUUUUUCGAGGAUAUAAAAAAUUUAAAAAAUGAUCUAACGUCCAAUGCACAAUACAAAAGAUGUUUUUUAUCAUUAACUUGAACGACUAUUAUUUAAUCUGCAAUAGUUAAAAAGACUAAUGUAGGUAGAUUAAAAAUAGGUAAAAUAGUUUAUCAAUAAAUAGUACAUAAAAACUACUCAAAUUUUGGGUAGUUUAUGAAAUUCCAUUAAUAUACAUUGAUUUAGGUGUACACAUGCAUUACCAAUUAUUCGAUACAAUAAUUAUAGGAAAAUAUGCUGUACAAUAAUUUAACAACUUAUAUGUGGUGACACUGCAUUAAGGCAGAUUAGAGUUAUCAGUAAAUCAAAAAAUACACCAUCUGACCAUAUCCAAUCUGUACCAUUCUUCAUAUUAAUAUCAAAUGUAAACAAAUCUAGGAGCACGUGAUUAAUUUUAUCAUUUUACAAUGGAAAUUUCUGAAAAACUUUGUUUAAGCAUAUGUGGACAAUAAUUACUAGAAUAGAAUAAGACAAAUUUUAAUCCUAUAAACUUAUACUUUUAUUUGAUUAGAAAAACAUGACUUCAGCCCCUUCGUUAAAGUGGGAUGAUGCAAAUCUAUCACUUCCAGUGCUUAAAACAAUAAAAGAAAAUUUCAAAUUUGAUUCUAUGACUCCAAUCCAGGCAGAAUCUAUUAGAAAUUUUCUAGAAAAAAAAAAAGAUGUGGCUGCUGAAGCUGUGACAGGGAGUGGAAAAACUUUGGCAUUCCUGGUUCCAAUGUUAGAAAUAAUUCUGAAACGAAGUGAACCUUGGAAAAAACAUGAAAUUGGAGGGCUUAUUAUAUCUCCCACUAGAGAAUUGGCUUCUCAAAUUAGUCAAGUCCUUGCAGAAUUUUUAAAAAAUAUUGAUGGUUUAACUCAAUUGCUGACACUUGGAGGCAAUCCUAUUGAACUCGAUGUAAAAACACUUAACACAAAUGGAGCUAAUAUAUUAGUAGCAACACCAGGUCGCUUAGAAGACUUACUUACUAGAAAAAUACCAAAUUUAAAUAUUCAUAAAUCUUUGAAAUCAGUAGAAAUGUUAGUAUUAGAUGAAGCUGAUAAAUUAUUUGAAUUAGGUUUUGAAAAAUCAAUUAAUACAGUUUUACAUUAUUUACCAACACAAAGAAGAACUGGAUUGUUCUCUGCUACUCAAACUAAACAAGUUGCAAUGCUAGUAAAAGCAGGACUUCGUAAUCCUAUAAUGAUCGUAGUUAAAGAAAAACAUUGCUUGAAUCCAAAAAGUCAGCAAAUUGAAGCUAUUUCUACUCCUGUGACAUUAAAAAAUUUUUAUACAAUAUGCGAAGCUGAUAAAAAGUUAGCUUAUUUAGUUAACUUUUUAAAAACAAAUGGAUUAAACUUAAAAUAUAUGUUAUUCUUAUCAACAUGUGCAUGUGUUGAAUAUUUUUCAAUAGUUCUAAGAAGCUUAAUACCAGAAAUCAAAUUAUUUAGUUUACAUGGAAAAAUGAACAGUAAAAGGUAUAAAACUUUCCAAGUAUUUUGUCUAGCAGAAAGGGGAAUAUUAUUAUGUACUGAUGUAAUGGCUCGAGGUGUUGAUAUACCUGAAGUUAACUGGGUUAUUCAAUAUGAUCCUCCUAGUAAUGCAUCUUCAUUUGUUCACCGAGCAGGUAGAACUGCUCGUGUUGGUAAAAAUGGGUCUUCUUUAAUAAUAUUAAUGCCUAAUGAAGAUGUAUAUACACACUUCAUAUUUUCAAACCAAAAAGUAGUACUUGAAUCUUUACCACCAAUAGAAGUUAAAAAUGUUGAAGAAGUUGUUCAAAGAGUACGUAAACGUCAACUUAAAGAUAGAAAUGUUUUUGACAAGGCAAAUAAAGCAUUUGUAUCAUAUAUCCAAGCGUACUCAAAACAUGAAUGCAAUUUAAUAUUGCGUGUGAAAGAUUUAGAAUUUGGGAAACUUGCUACAGGUUUUGGGCUUCUUAGGCUUCCAAAAAUGCCAGAACUGAAGAACAAGACCAUUAAUGAUUUUAUGCCCAUUGAUGUUGAUUUUAACUCCAUCAAAUAUCAAAAUAAUGAAAGAGAAGAAUCUCGACAGAAAAAGUUGAAAAACUAUUUAGAAACGGGAAUGUGGCCAUGUCGAAUAAAACACAAAAAAGGUCUUAAACAAUCAGUUGCUUGGGCUGAUGCUAAACAAAAAAAAUUAGAAAGAAGAGAAAAACGAAAAAGAAAGAAAGAAUUGCGUAAACAAAUGGAAUUGGAAGGAAAAGCCAAAAUAAAAAAAAAACGUGAACAAGUUUUUACUGAAGAUGAACUUAACGAUUUAGCAAAAGAUAUUGCACUAAUGAAAAAGUUAAAAAAUAAGAAGAUUUCAAAACAACAGUUUGACGAAGAAUUUGGAAAUAUUCACGCAGUUGAUUAGUUUUAACAUGUUAUUAUAAUUCGUUUAAAUAAAAUUUUAUACGUUUAAAAAA